AUGGAAGUACAAUCAGAGCAAUCAUGUUCAUAGCUAUAUGAGUUAUUUAUCACUGGCUUCGGGUAAUUUAAUAAGGUAGAAGACAAUCCAACAACUCAUCUAGCUAAAUCAAUCCCAUCACUUUUAGAGCAAAAUCCAAUCAAAAAUCUAUCUUUAAGAAGCACUCAGGUUAUUUAGGUGGCAAUCGAGGAUUGUGAUCAAGCCCUAGACGAUCUCUAUGCUUAGAUUAAUUAAAUGCAAAAAGAUGAUGAAUCAAAUGAAUCUCAGUAAAAAAGGAAAUUCAUCAUUAUGCACUUUGGAGUUGCUCAAAAGGAAUUGAUAUUUAGGAUAGAGCACUAAGCAGUCAAUAAUAAAAAUUUCCGUAUUCCUGAUGAAAGAGGUAAUCAACCUACUAAUGAAUGCAUAGAGUAGUGUCAAAGCAUUGACUAAUGUCUUGUAACAAAACUAUGUGUUGAAAAGUACGUUGAAAAUCUAAAGAGUAAAGGCUACGAAUGCUACAAAAGCUUAACAGCUGGGUUUUUCAUCUGCAACUACACCUAUUAUCAGUCUUUGAAACUCUGCAGCGAAAAGGUUUAGGACCCUGAAUCAGUCUAUGUUUUAUUCUGCCAUGUACCUACUUUUAAAGCAAUCAACUAAGAAACUCAAUAGAAAUUUGCAAUCGACUUAUUAAGAGAAAUAUGCGCUGACUGUAUUCUCAAGAGAUAAAUCGUUCUAUUUAUCACUGGGUUCGACAAGUUCUCCAAUAUAUUGGAAAACCCAACUGCUAACCUUUCAAGGGCAAUACCAUAGUUGCUGGAAAAGAAUCAAAUUGAAAAUCUAACUCUUGCUCAUAAUCAAGUGGUUAAAGUUGCAAUUUAGGACUGUGAUGAAGCGCUAGAGACUAUUUAUUAGAAAAUCAAUUAGAUGCAAGAAGAAGAUACAAGCAAGCAAGAGAGUGAAAAAAGGCAUUUCAUUGUGGUUCAUUUUGGUGUAUAUCAAGGCAGUGGAUAAUUUGAUCUGGAAAGUCUAGGAAAGAAUAUUAUGGAUUUCUUUUGUCCCGAUGAAAGAGGAAACACUCCUAGGAACUAAUGCAUUGAUAGCAGCUUUGACAGAAAGCACUGCCACUAAACUGAGCUACUGCUUGAUCAGCACGUAGCUACUUUGAAAUCAAAGGGGUAUUUAGUCGAGAAGAGCUAUGAUGCGGGAGAUUACAUUUGCAACUACACUUACUAUCAAUCGUUGAAGAAGAGAUCCAAUAGUGUUAAGGAUCCAAAGAGGGUUGACUCGCUGUUUUGCCACGUCCCAUCAUUCGGAGAAAUCGAUGAACCUACUUAGCAAGCAUUUGCAAUUGACUUAUUAAAAGAACUGUGCUAGGAAUGCAUAAGCAAAGAGUGA